GAGGCACUGCCAACGUGAAGGUCGUGUUGAAUGACUGCCUUACAUCGUCACUUAGGUAUAAAAGAAGGUGAAACUCGAUGGAAAUGCAGCAGACUUGCCUUCCUCAUCUCUUCUGCAACAACCAAGCAGUUCCUUCUCCACGAAAAAACAUGAAAUUCUCGGCUUCAGCAGCUAUUUUCCUGGCCGUUUGUUUGGUCUAUGUUCAUGCGGAUGAACGUCGUGUUCCGUCGCAUGGAGGACAUCUACCACUUCCAUAUCGGCCGCCAUCUUACCACGUCAAACCCCAUCCCCCCAAGCCCUAUCGUCCUCAGCCUUACCAUCCCAAGCCCCAACCUCCUUUGCCUUACCAUGCUAAGCCCAUCCAUCCUUUGCCAUACCACCCUAAACCCCAACAUCCUUUGCCUUACCGUCCAAAGCCCCAACGCCCAACACCUUACAAGCCCAAGCCUCAACAUCCCAAGCCUCAACGCCCCUCGACUCACCGCCCAAAGCCUCAGCGCCCCAAUCGUCCGUGGGUGAUGCAACCCCAAUCCGACAACACCAACAUCAACAUUAACCGCAACGAGAAUAGCAAUGAGGACAUCAUCUUUGCCGAACUUUUUUCUCAACUACUCGCCAACGCAGAGGACCCAUGUCUUUUUGACACGGACUGCUUCGAUAAGAAAUUGAAAACUAAAGAUAUUGCUGUUGAAGCAAAGGCCAACAAGACCCAAGAACAAGAGCCUGCUACCCCCAGCGAGUCCGCCGAUGCUACCACCAAUGACACUGAGGCUGCUACCACUAAUGACGUCGCGGAUGUUGCAACCGACGACUCCGAGGCUAGCUUUGAUCAGGCUGAAGAAGAGGAUGCUUUUAUUGUGGAAUCACGCCAAGAAGAAGAAGAUGCAGUGGUUGUAGAAUCACGCCAAGAAGCGGAAGCAGAAGAUGAUGGUAUGAUUAUGGCCUAGGCUCCAGAAGCUUUGAAAAUCCAAAUCUCGCCUAGCCACUACCAACAGCGAUACAACACGGAUAAAG